AUGUCUAAUAAAAAGGAUCAAGAUUCUCUCGGCAUCGACAACAACAGUAACAACUCUACUAAGGAUUCAGAAAAGUAUACUGAGAGCAUUGAUAGAAUCGUUUCCAAUUUAGGUGCCUUAACACAUUCAAUUCUUGAUGUGACCAAAGAUGUGGGUAAAGAUUUGAAUGCAAAAGCAAAAAAAUUAUCUGAAUCAUGGUUUUCAAAUGAUUAUGAUGAAGAUGAGGCAAGAUUUUUUGAAUAUCCUUCAUUUUAUCAGAAUAGAGGUUAUUUGGAAGAUGAAGUAAAAUCGCACCCAAUUUUUGGAGAUUUGUGGAAUGCUUUCCCAUUUCUGCAGUUCGGUCAAUUUUCUGGAAGUUUUAAAAGUGGGUCUACUCCCUUUGGCUAUUAUGCCUAUCAUGGCCCAUCAAUCAGAAACUAUAAUGAAUGUUUGACUAAAAAUGGAAAAUCAGUUUGGGAUGACCAAGGGUAUUGGAGAUGCCUCUUUCCAAAUAGCGAGGUUCCUGUCGAACUUUUGAAUUUUAAAAAGAAAUAUUUAAAGGAUGAAAUAUUAACCAAGGAAGAUUUUAUGAGCGCAAUGAGAAAGAAUUCUGCAUUAGAUAGUUUCCAAGGUGAUGGUAUGGUAGAUUUGAAAGAGCAUGGCAGGUUCUUUGACUCUUAUGACAAGUAUUUGAACUGGAAGAACGAGCAAUAUAAUCAAAGAGUCAAAGAGAGAGAAGCAAAAUGGAAACAAUUAUCUCUUGAUAAAGGAGACAAUUUUGCUACAAAUUCUUCUUCUUUCAGUACAUCAAUUAAAUCAGAUAUGUACACUGACUCAGAAACAAACGAGGUAAGGUUCACAAAGGUGAAAACUGAAUGUGAUGCAGACGGUAAUUGUACUGUGACAAGAAUUACAAAACUGAAACCAGUUGGAUCCUCUGUGUGGACCAAUGAGGAAGAAAAUGUUGAACAUGUCAAAAAACUGUAA